AUGGAACGCAUCGAGAAAGAAGAAGUCAGCGAAGAGGAGACUACAACGCAAGAAAAGAAGAAAGAAGAAAAAGAAAUAGAAGACGACCAAAAGAAGCAGGCGGAGCGGAGAGAGCGCUUGAAAGCGUGGCAGGUGGUCCUUCACAACGAUGAUAUUCACGCCAUCCCUCACGUCACAGAUCUGCUGGUCGACGCGGUGCCGUCCCUGACCAAGGCAAAAGCUCACUCCAUAACGGUCCAUGCACACAAAACGGGUCUCGCUCUCAUUCUCCGAACGUGGAGAGAAAAAGCGGUAGAAAUCUAUCGGAAACUGAAAGCAAGCGGGCUAACCAUCUCGCUCGUCCCCAGCAAGAGGAAAGACAAGCAGGAGGGCGGAGGGGAAAGCGACGGAACACGCGGCAUGGAUGGCGAAGAUGGAGGUGAUAACAAUCUGCAGGAUGAAGACAACGAUGACAGUGACGAUCGUGACUGA